CCUACAACACUCACAAUCCAAUCAAAACACCAACUUUUUGUUCUCUCUCUCAAAUCCUUGUUUCCAUAUCUACGUUCUCUCUCUCCCUCCAUUUUAUUCUCUUACACUCUCGCUCUCUAGAGCUAAACAAUGGGUCUAUUGUCAAGAAAAGUUACUUGCAACGCUCAUGGCCAAGAUUCUUCGUACUUUUUGGGUUGGGAGGAAUACGAGAAGAACCCUUACGAUGACAUCAAGAACCCAGACGGCAUUAUCCAGAUGGGUCUCGCAGAAAAUCAGUUAUCUUUCGAUCUUAUUGAAGCAUGGCUUGCCAAGAACCCGGAAGCGGCAAACUUCGAAAGAGAAGGCCAAUCUAUUUUCCGGGAACUAGCUCUUUUCCAAGACUAUCAUGGCCUGCCUUCCUUCAAGAAGGCCAUGGCGGAUUUCAUGUCGGAAAAUAGAGGAAACCGAGUUUCUUUUGAUCCGAAAAAGCUUGUCCAAACCGCGGGUGCUACUUCGGCUAAUGAAACUCUGAUGUUCUGUCUCGCGGAUCCUGGAGACGCUUUCUUGCUUCCUACUCCAUAUUAUCCAGGAUUUGAUAGGGAUUUGAAAUGGAGAACCGGAGCUGAGAUCGUACCGAUCCAGUGCACGAGUGCAAACGGAUUCCGCAUCACUAAAUCCGCACUCGAAGAAGCCUACGAGCAAGCUCAAAAGCUUAACCUAAAAGUUAAAGGAGUCCUUAUAACCAACCCAUCUAACCCGUUGGGUACUACGACAACACGAACCGAACUAAACCAUCUCUUAGACUUCGUGUCACGUAAGAAUAUACAUUUGAUAAGCGACGAGAUCUACUCGGGUACCGUUUUCACUUCUCCUGGAUUCAUCAGCGUCAUGGAAGUCCUCAAAGAGAAAAAGCUCGAAAACACCGAUGUUUCUAAACGUGUCCACAUCGUUUACAGUUUGUCUAAAGAUCUAGGCCUGCCUGGUUUUCGCGUUGGAGUUAUUUACUCUAACGAUGAUAUUGUUGUCGAUGCAGCGACAAAAAUGUCCAGUUUCGGUCUAAUCUCUUCUCAAACGCAAUACCUCUUAUCAGCAUUGUUAUCCGACAAAAACUUCACCAAGAACUACCUCAGAGAGAACCAAAUUCGACUCAAAAAGCGGCACAUGAAGCUCGUGUCGGGUCUAGAGGCUGCGGGCAUCGAGUGUCUCAAGAGCAACGCCGGACUCUUUUGUUGGGUCGACAUGAGACACCUGCUGAGUUCUAACACGUUUGAGGCCGAGAUUGAGCUAUGGAAAAAGAUCGUUUACGAGGUUAAGCUUAACAUCUCUCCCGGUUCUUCAUGCCAUUGCAACGAACCGGGUUGGUUUAGGGUUUGUUUCGCGAAUAUGAGCGAGGAAACACUAAAGGUUGCGAUGAAUAGAUUGAAGAUGUUCGUUGAUGGACCGUCAUCUAGUACAAGAAGUCAAAGUGAACAUCAAAGACUGAAGAGGUUAAGGAAGAUGAAAGUCUCUAACUGGGUUUUCCGGCUAUCGUUUCAGGAUCGAGAGCCCGAGGAACGGUAGUCUGUUUUUUUCAUUUAAUCAUGGUGUAAUAAAUAUGAUAUUUAGGUCACUAUUUAUGUGUGAUUGUCCGUCAUAUGUAUUUUUAUCAUAAUUUUAUAUUUUGGUAUAGUUUUAGAGAGAAAGUUCACUCU